AUGAGAUUUGGUCAACAUCUUAGACAAUCAAUCAAUUUUUUACUGAACGUCAAGCAAAGAAAGGCAGAAAUGAAGCAAGCUCUUCUAGAACAAGGUGUCGACCCCAAAAUCAUCGAAGGUCUUAUUUUCCAAGAUGUAACUCAGACCGCAAAAAAUUUCAAAAUGGCCAUCAGCACACGUCCCACAAACAUGACUUUACUGCCACAAAAUUCACAGGUAGAAAUAAAUGCAUACAACGCGUUAAGACCUGUUUUGGAUUCGUAUGGUAAAUCCAUCUAUUAUGAUGCAAAAGCGCAACCUGAAAAUCACUUUAUGGCAUUUGUUCAACUAGCUCCUCUCUUCGAAACAUUAGGUUUAUCUCCUUUUCGUUGCUUUCCUCUCCGUCGUUCAUGGUCUCCUGGUUAUGUACAAAUUGAUAAUAUCAGAUGGUCCAAUAAUAUUGAUAAGCUGGAAUACUGGAAGCAAGUGAACAAGCUCCUUCGGUUUCGCGGUACCAUUCAGACAGAUGGUGUUGGUAUAACAGUUCUUAAGAAAAGAAUAGACAGGCAGUCAUCUUAUACCUCAACCAUAAAAGAGGCAGAUGAGAAGUUCAAGUAUAUCAGCGAUUUAAGUACUCAAGAACAUAAAGCUGUGAAUGGUCGAUGUGUUGCUAUUGAUCCCGGAAGAAGAGACCUUUUAUUUUGUGUCGAUGAAAAAUCUACUGUAGAAACUCCUAUUAAGUUUCGAUAUACUAAGCAGGACCAAGACAAAACCAGAAAAUCCAAAAAGUAUCGUAAUAUUCUACAAGAAAUGAAGUCGAACAAUCCUGCUGUUUAUCAAGCCGAGAAUGCUCUUGCAGAAAACCAAAGCAGCUCACUGGAAAUGGAGGCUUACCGUUGUUUUCUCGAACGUCUAGGUCAGAAUUACGCUGUCCUCGACGAUUUAUAUGGGUAUACAACAACGUCUUCUCAAAACCCACAAUUCAUGCUCCGGAAGUUGCGUUUAGCUGCGUAUUUUAACAAACAACGUGUUGACAUGCAACUUAUAAAUUCUUUAAAGCAAAAGUUCGGUAAGGAUGCGAUCUUUGUCCUCGGAAACUGGUCUGCUCCAAACGCACGUUAUCAUGAACCAAUUCGAGACAUCGGAUUGAGACGACUUCUUUUACGAAAUCAUCUAAGUCUAUUACUCAUCGACGAAUUCAACACGAGCCGAUGCUGUCCGUCUUGUCAUAAUUUGAGUCUAGAGAAAUUUAAACAAAUCGACAAUCCUAGGCCGUACCAACGAAGCAACUAUCCUUUAACCCUUUGCCAUGGUCUUUUAAGAGAUUUAGCCGCCUGUUUGAACAUGAUUUCAAUAAUUCUAUAUUUAAGAAACACUGGUCAAAUCCCAGAACGAUUUGCACGUCAUGUCCACUCAAAAAAAACGUCCUCGAAUAGGUGA